AUGAAGCGCAAAGCUGAAAAGGCACAGGCUGCGGCCCCGGUCAGCGCUUUCGCGGCCCGCAAAGCACGGCAGCAGCAGGCGCAGGCCACCGCAGCUGCUGUCAAGCCCCCUGUUGCUGAACCAGUGGUAGAACCGCCACCUAAGAGAGCGCGCCGCUCACUAGACGAGCCUGUCGUCCCAGCCGCAACCGAAGAGAACCGAGUCCAAACGAGGCGAUCAUCAAGGCGAAAGGAAGAACAAUCGAAGGCCGAGAAGCCUACGCCGAAGGCGCGCAACGAUCAGCCUCCUAAGACCUCCAAGAAAGUACCCGAGCAUGACACAUCGAAGGAUGUCGAGGAUCAGGCGCCUUCGGACGAGGAGUUGGAAGAGCCAGAAAUCGUUGUAGAGAAUACCGGUGUCAUUGGGCUCGAGCCUAUUCAGAAUGACGAAGAGGGGUACGAAUCACCUGCGGACACUGCGGUCCAGGUCCAGGAAUUCCCCCUGUCGAAAGCGCGCUUGAACAAGAACAGCAUAGUCUACAGUGAUGAGCAUAGGCUGUGUGUCCGCAUAAAGGAGAAGAUGAGCUUGGUGAUGAUCGGUCACUACGAUCUUUGGGUCAAGCGAGGCGUGGUUAGUCUGAUGGGAGCGAAACUGCACCCCUCAUCCCAGGUGUAUCGGGUCUACGCGCCUUCGACGCACUCGUUGCCUGUAAUCAAAUGCGUUUCCGGGGUCAAUGGCGAGGCAGAGGUGGAGUUCAAGUCAUGCCAUAGCGGCAUCUAUCGUCUCAAGGAACUCUCGCCUCUGUAUCAGCGGAUAUGGAACGGCAAGAAUACUACAGCGGACAAGCUCACUCUCAAGGGCACUCCUCAGUCCAUCAAGAGGACGUUCUCAGUGUUAUAUACUUCUGCGGAUGAUUCCCUCAAACGGCAUCUAAGGCCUCUCCAUCUCGAGAAGCAAUGGAGCUCUGCUAUCAAGUCCCUCUCCCAGCGUGGUGGACGGCUGAAGACGCUCAUCUGCGGACCGAAGGGAUCAGGAAAGUCUACGUUCAGCCGCUAUCUGUUGAACCACCUUCUCAGCCCGGCGCCACAAACAGAGACCAACUACUAUAACACUGAUGGGGUUGCGUUCCUGGACUUGGACCCGGGUCAGCCGGAAUUCGCUCCGAUGGGGCAAGUUUAUCUGGCCCAUCUCCGUUCACCUGUCUUUGGUCCUCCCUUUUCCCACCCAUCUUUGGAUGGUUCUCGUGACGGCACGAUAGUUCGAAGCCAUCAUAUUGGAGCUACAUCACCCAAAGAAGACCCCGACCACUACGUCCUUGCCGCCAUGGAUCUCAUGGAGCGCUACCGGGCUCUUCAAGCGAGCUACCCCCAAUGUCCUCUCAUCAUCAACUACCCCGGCUGGAUUUUCGGCUUGGGUCUGGAAGUUGCCACCUGGCUGGUCAGAUCUCUUGGUCUCUCCGACGUUGUUUAUAUGAGCGAAAAGGGACCGACCGAAGUUGUCCAGCCUCUGGGCCAGGCAGCCUACCAAGCCAAGAUUCCUCUGACAAUCCUCCCAUCUCAGCCCACCGACUUCGUCAGCAGGUCGAGCGCACAGCUCCGCUCAAUGCAAAUGCAGUCGUAUUUCCAUAUGUCGCGUCCUAACGGCAUCGACAACUCACUAUGGCUUGAGCAACCACUGUCUCGCACGAAGCCUUUCCGUGUCCACUACUCGGGACCGCAACAGGGCAUCCAGGGUAUCAUGGUCAUGGGCACCGAGAUCCACCCUGAUCUGCUCCAUGAGGUUCUAGACGGGUCGAUCGUCGCUGUCGUGGCUGUUGAGUCCCCCAACGCCAUUUUAGGCCAAAACAGUGGACCAAUGUUCGCGAACAACGCCAACACCGAAACAGAUGGAGACCACGAUGUCGACAUGCAAGACUCAGCCGAGGCUGUUCCCAUCGUCGGGUCAUCGACUAUCGAAUCCAGCAUCACGCGGACACCAAACGAGGACCUGCCUUACCUCUUUGUUGGAGCAGGAAGCAGCAACCCUCUGGACCCGAAAGUCUCGCACUGCUUGGGCCUGGCUCUUGUCCGCUCCGUGAACGUCGCCUCCCGCCAGCUGGAACUGGUCACUCCUAUCACCGGAUCGACUCUCCGUGGCGUUCUCGAGCAGGGUCACAGCAUCGUCCUUGUGCGUGGUCUUCUGGAUAACCCCAACUGGGCCAUCAGCGAGGACUAUUACGCCGCCCGUGCCGCCGAGAAACGCCAUCGGGAGCUUAUCGAGAAACUCAAGAAGGAUAAGGGAGCUGCCGCUGCGGAGAACGCUACCCUUGAGUCGGAGAAGCAAGUGCUAAAAGAUAGAAUCCGGCGCGCGAGCAAAGUGCCAUGGAUGACGGUGGUUGAAGACAACAGUCACAGGCAACGAGAAGCAGCACAACGCGAGAAAUCGCUAUGGAAGCUGCGAAAGAAGGCAUACCCUGGAAGCGAUAGUGAAGGCGAUUGGUAG